UAGCAUUACCGUGAUACCAAAACUAAAGAUGCAAACCAAAAAAGAAAACUACAGGCCAACAUCACUGAUGAAUAUUGAUGCAAAAAUCCUCAACAAAAUAUUAGCUAAUUGAAUUCAACAACACGUUAAAGUCGGGGUGCAGUGUCCCAGGUUCACUCGACCCUUCCCGUUUUCCUCUCUGUGUGUGUCUACUUUGCCGUGUUCCCUGGUGGCAGCGGCGGUGGCAAUGUUGGUGCAUGGGCCUCCCAAGACAAGGGGAAAGACAGCAAGGCUGAGGAGAAUGGCUCCGACAGCUUCAUGCACUCCAUGGACCCACAGCUGGAGCUGCAAAUGGAAACCACCCAGUACCUGGAGGACUCCUACAUGGCCAUUGUCAGCAAGACCGUGUGGGAACUCAUGACCAAGGAGUUCAUCUUCUCAGAGCUGCUGCCCAACCUGUACUCGCGUGGGGACCAGAACACGCUGAUGGAGGAGUCGGCAGAGCAGACACAGCGGCGCGACGAGAUGCUGCGUAUGCACCACCUGCUGAAGGAGGCACUCAGCAUCAUCCACGACAUCAACACAACCACCGUCAGCACUUCCACAGGGGCUCGUGGACAACUCCUGGCUGCAGGUGCAGAACAUCUUUGCCGGACCCAGGCCUGGUGGCUGUUACGUUGGGCUCCCCAAGGCAAGAGGUGACCCCAGACCAGGGGUUGGAAGACCGAGUGACCAGAGAAGAGGGAAGCCCGAGGGGGUGAGCAUUGGUCUGAACAGUGGGUGCACUGCCUGGGUGCCGUGGACGAGGCCAGCGUGUGUGGGGUGGGGAGGGUGGCCACAGCCCCCAGGCACUACCUGUGAAGCUCCGGCUCCUCCCUCCAUCUUCCUCCCCUUUCCCUUCCAGCCCCGAUUUUCCAGGAACCUUGCCACACCCUCACCUGCGCCCUCCCCUCCCCGGCCCUCCCACAGCUGCGGUGGCACACCUGUGCUCUGCACUUGCCUCACCAGCUCUCUGCUCACUUUUCUCUCUCCUGUUUUCUCUCUGCUUUCUCUCCAGCUGCCAGCCGAUCGGGUCCAGCAAGUCCAUCCU